AUGUUAUCCCAGGGAACAGCAAGAUUAUUGACUAAGCGGCUGCUUUCCCCAAGUAUUAGUGGGGUAUUGCGGGAACGACGAUCAUACAUUUCAUUGACUACUCCUUCUAAGCAUGCUGUUACUACGGAAACUGUUCCAAAGACGAUAACACCUGGGCCGGAGCUUCUUGGCUUUGAAGCCACGAAAGUGAAGAAGGCAAAUAGGCCAAUAUAUUUAGAUAUGCAGGCGACUACGCCUACUGAUCCUCGCGUACUAGACGCCAUGCUACCAUAUUGGACUGAGCAGUAUGGUAAUCCACAUUCGAGAACGCAUGCGUAUGGGUGGGAAGCGGAAAAGGCUGUUGACGAGGCUCGCGUUCAUGUUGCUUCCCUUAUUGGAGCUGAUCCAAAAGAAAUAAUAUUUACAUCCGGUGCAACCGAGGCUAAUAAUAUGAGCACAAAGGGAGUUGCUCGAUUUUAUCGGACAAGUAAGAAACAUCUGAUUACUACUCAAAUUGAACACAAAUGUGUUCUUGAUUCAUGUCGUGUAUUAGCCGAAGAGGGUUUCGAUAUUACAUAUCUACCAGUCUCCGAGUCGGGAAUAAUUGAUUUAGAACUCCUUGCUCAAACAAUUAGACCUGAUACAGCACUCGUAUCGAUUAUGACAGUAAACAAUGAGAUUGGAGUAAUUCAACCAGUUGAAGAAAUAGGAAAGAUUUGCAGGGCCAAGAAAGUAUUCUUCCACACUGAUGCAGCACAGGCAGUCGGGAAGAUACCAAUGGACGUGAAUAAGAUGAACAUUGACUUGAUGAGUAUAUCUGGUCAUAAGCUGUAUGGACCUAAGGGUAUUGGAGCAUUAUAUGUGAGGAGGAAACCGAGGGUGAGACUAGAAGCAUUACAGAGUGGAGGUGGACAGGAGAGAGGAUUAAGAAGUGGAACUGUACCUACUCCAUUGGUCGUCGGUUUGGGUGAAGCAUGUAGAAUAUCCAAGGAGGAGAUGGCGUAUGAUGCCAAGCGGGUGGAACAGCUGUCAGACCGUCUAGUAAAUGGGAUUAUGUCACGCGUUGAGCAUGUUGUCCGUAACGGGGAUCCCAAUAAGACCUAUGCAGGUUGUGUCAAUCUAUCAUUUGCUUAUAUAGAAGGUGAAUCCCUACUCAUGGCCUUGAAGGAUAUUGCACUAUCUUCGGGAUCAGCCUGUACAUCAGCUUCUCUUGAACCGUCUUACGUGCUUCGUGCACUCGGAGCUGAUGAUGAUAUGGCUCAUUCGAGUAUCAGGUUCGGUAUUGGUAGAUUUACCACAGAGCGUGAGAUAGAUCUUGUGGUUGAGAGAGUGACGCAACAUGUUGAUAAACUAAGAGAAAUGUCACCGUUAUGGGAAAUGGUACAAGAGGGAAUUGAUCUGAAAUCUAUCCAAUGGUCUCAGCAUUGA